AUGUCUGCUCCACUGAUGCAGACCUGUCCAUGCCACGCUCCAGGCGACGAUCCCGCAGAAAUUACAACUCUGCACCAAGCAGCUUUUCACCAAAACAACCAACGACUAGAAGAGCUCCUACAAGACAAUGCUGAUGUAUCGGCAACGCAAACACCUCGCGACUUCACACCGCUUCACUAUGCUGUUCAAUUCGGCGACGAAAAGAGCGUGCAGCUACUCAUUGACGCUGGCUCAAACGUCUCUGCAGGAAGCUAUGAUGGCAUCACGCCUUUACACAACACGUCUGCUGGUGGCAAUGUGAGAAUCACCGAAAUGCUCUUGAAGGCGGGAGCGAAUGUUGACAGUCGCAACAUCGAUGAAGAAACGCCUCUCCAUGUCGUGUCAUUAUUUGGGGAGACACAAAUCGCAAAGCUCCUCAUAGACACUGGGGCGGAUGUCUCGGCAAAGGACUGCUAUGGAAACACGGCUUUGCAUAUUUCUGCAUCCCACGAGAAUAUCGGGAUUGUUAAAGCUCUUCUUGACGCCGGCGCUGACGUUAACGCCGUAAAUAACAAUGGGGAUCCAGUGCUGCAUCAUGCAAUGAGCGACGGACCAGAAUGUGUCAAGUUUCUUAUCGAUCAUGGAGCAAAUAUCCACCUCAAAGGCGAAGGUGGUGAUACACUUCUGCAUCGCGCUGCGCAGAGCUCAUCUGACCUAGUGCGAGACUUGGUCAAAGGGGGUGCUGACCUUGAGGCAACCAACGACGAAGGAGCAACAGCUCUCCAUUGUGCUGCAGCAUGGGGAGAAACCGCAUCAAUGCAGAUCAUAAUCGAGAGAGGAGCAAAUGUCAAGGCGACCAACAAUGAUGGCGAGACGGUUCUGCAUAUUGUGGCGGGGAACCCUUCUCUCAGAAGCGGACGUGAUUCGGGUACGAAGGCAAAGCUUUUGAUCGAUGCGGGAGCAGACAUUCAUGCGAAAGCAAAGUCUUCAAAGACACCUUUAGAUUAUGCGGUUGAUUGUGAGGGCAAGGCUGUUGAGAAGGUACUGCGCGAGAUGGGGGCGGCGUAAGAGGUAGAAAGUUCAGAUCAACCAGAUCUCACCAGUUCUCGAGGUAUCGAUGUCUUUGGAGUGAAUUGUGAGUAUCUGAAUAUGGAAUCGCUUGAACAUAUCAUUCUCAUUAAAGUGUUCUACCC